CCCCGGCCCCCAGCGCGCCGGGCAUCGUUUCGCGUGUUGGUCUGAGCCACGGCAAGCAAGGAAUAUGAACAGGAAAACAAGGCGCUGGAUCUUCCACAUCUUCCUGAGCCUGGGGAUUGUGUAUAUCAAGAUUGGGGGUUUCUCCUCUGUGGUGGCCCUCGGAGCCAGCAUCAUCUGUAACAAGAUCCCGGGGCUCGCCCCCCGGCAGCGGGCGAUCUGCCAGAGCAGGCCCGACGCGAUCAUUGUCAUCGGGGAAGGGUCCCAGAUGGGCAUCAACGAGUGCCAGUUCCAGUUCCGCAACGGGCGCUGGAACUGCUCGGCCCUGGGCGAGCGGACGGUCUUCGGCAAGGAGCUGAAAGUGGGAAGCAGGGAGGCCGCCUUCACCUACGCCAUCAUUGCAGCCGGCGUGGCCCACGCCAUCACGGCGGCCUGCACGCAGGGCAAUCUCAGCGACUGCGGCUGCGACAAGGAGAAGCAGGGCCAGUACCACAAGGAGGAGGGCUGGAAAUGGGGCGGCUGCUCCGCCGACAUCCGCUACGGCAUCGGCUUCGCCAAGGUCUUCGUGGACGCGCGGGAGAUCAAGCAGAACGCCAGGACACUCAUGAACCUGCACAACAACGAGGCCGGGCGCAAGAUCCUGGAGGAAAACAUGAAGUUAGAGUGCAAGUGCCACGGGGUCUCGGGGUCCUGCACCACUAAAACCUGCUGGACAACGCUGCCCAAGUUCCGGGAGCUGGGCUACAUCCUCAAGGACAAGUACAAUGAGGCCGUGCAGGUGGAGCCCGUCAGGGCCAGCCGCAACAAGCGCCCCACCUUCCUCAAGAUCAAGAAGCCCCUUUCCUACCGCAAACCCAUGGACACAGACUUGGUGUACAUCGAGAAAUCCCCCAACUACUGCGAGGAGGACCCGGUGACGGGCAGCGUGGGCACGCAGGGCAGGAUGUGCAACAAGACGGCGCAGCAGUCCAACGGCUGCGACCUGAUGUGCUGCGGCCGCGGCUACAACACCCACCAGUACUCCAGGGUGUGGCAGUGCAACUGCAAGUUCCACUGGUGCUGCUACGUGAAAUGCAACACUUGCAGCGAGAGGACAGAGGUGUACACCUGUAAGUGAGCGCCUGCCCUGGCCGCUCCCCGGCCUGGAUACAUUUGCACAUGCACUCGACGUAGCUGAGCGGAACUGCGGGAAGAGCUGCUCUCCCUGAAGAGAUGCUCACAAAUGGAGCCCUCUCUUCUCUCCUCAUGUUUGUUGCUGAU